AUGACGAAUACGGAGUACCUAAAGUGCAAGUUCAGUGUAGUGACAGGGGAAGCAGAUAUAAACGUGAGGCUUGAUUCACAAGUUAUCCCCAAGAGAGGAAGUUUCAAGUAUCUCGGGUCAGUUAUCCAAGGGGACGAGGAGAUUGACGAGGAUGUCACACACCGUAUAAGGGUGGUGGAUGAAAUGAAGCCAGAAUCCGGCGUCCUGUGUGACAAGAAUAUGCCACCAAAACUUAAAAGUCAGUUUUACAAAGCGACGGUUAGACCGGCUAUACUGUAUGGGGAAGAAUGCUGGCCAGUCAAAAACUCCCAUAUCCAAAAGAUGAACGUAGCUGAAAUAAGGAUAUUGCGAUGGAUGUGCGAGCACACUAGGUUGGAUAAGAUUAGGAAUUAG